AUGUUGGCAGUAAGGCACUCUUUUGUGUUUUUUGGCAAUUCGGCCAUACCAAGAGUAGAACCGUCAUUUUCAGAAGGAAUAGCAUGGGGAAUUUUGUCGUACUUCCAACAGCCAACGCACCUGCUUCCGGACACAUCCUUCUCCAGUUGUUCGAACGAACCCAUCUGCGCUCACCGGCUCAGUCACCCACCGUCCACCGACCCUGUUAUCACAGCCCGGUAUCCGUGUAGCCGAGAAGCACAACCGCAUCCCGUAAUGGCGUAUGUUCGUAAUGGGCGCGUCGUGCAGAACGCCAGCCGCGGGCCCUGGCCGCUCUGUCUAAUUCCGGGCUUCGGCUUGUUGCUCGACGUGUGGGCCGCCCUCGUCGUGUUCAUUACCUCUAUCUUUAAACCCUCAGCGGCGAAGCAGGCUCGGCGCAAGCCGGCACCGCGGUCGUCGCGCUUUUACGGGGCUGGCGGUGGCGGUGGUGGUGGUGGAGGCGGUGGAGGAGGAGGAGGUGGUGGUGGGUCUGGAGGACCAAGUGCUUUCGGUGGUAUGGAUACUUUGCCGAGCAGCGCCAAUUCAACUUGCGCUUCGUGUUCGUAGUUGCGGGUUUAGCGAUUUCGAGCGAUACGCAAAGAGGAUUUAUGGACCAGUAGUUCACUAUUCAUGUGUGCAGCACCCUUGAGUUAAGCAUUAAAGCCAUUUUGUGCAGUUCAUCAAGGACAUGCUCGAGAAAAGACAGCAAACAAUGAAUCUAAGCUUCGGACAUUUGCUGAAGUUCUCUACCCUGUUCCAACCGGGUGGAGCACGGCCAGUGAAUCGCUUCGGGAAGUCGUAUGGAACACGAACUGCGACGAUGAUAUGUAUUGAGAUAGAGGCCCAGGCCUAAGGGAGUCGUUCCCACCAGCCACUGAGGUUUUUUUUUUGGCAGCUGUGUUUCCGUGUUGGAGAGGGAAGCGGCUUAGGCCGAGCUUUUGAAAGGACUGCGUAAAAGCUUUUACAAUCG